CUACUAAAUUAGUGGAUCGAUUACAUUCAGAUCUGAAAACUAAGACUAAAACUUGUGGAUCGAUUUUGCUUAAUCAGUCAUCUCUAAAAAAUGGAGAACGAAUUGGAUUUAACACUGCGGUUGAGUCUGCCAAGUCCUACUGUUGAGACACAUCUGAGCUUAAACACUCUCACCACUGAUCAGGGGAACAACUUCGAAAGUAACCGCCGAGACAACAACGAUGUCGGUGAGAUUCGUGGCCGCCGUCACAUUCUUUGGAACAACGAUGAAUCGACCAACGACCACGAAGGUGGGAGAAAGAACGUCGACGUCAAUAUCCAAUACUACAACUUAAUCUUCAACCACUUCGCCGGCGUCGGCGAGACCUUGAACUUUGAACCUUUCCCGAUGCAACCAUCUCCGGCUCCUGUGCCGGAGACUCCUACGGGAAGUGACUAUGUGCUGAUUGAUGUCCCUGCUAAGAGAGCUCAACGUAACUCUUUAACGUUUAAAAACGCUGUGGACGCUCAUGCGAUUCUAGGGCGGCGUUGGGGCUGCGGCGGCGCCUGUACAGCAGGAAGGAUUAACGAGAUGAGGAAGUGUACGAACAUGAACUGCAAGGCAAUUAACACUCCUAUGUGGCGAAAGGGUCCUCUUGGUCCCAAGACUUUAUGCAAUGCUUGUGGGAUAAAGUUCAGGAAGGAGAAAGAGAAGAGAUGCAAUGGAACUGAGUGA